AUGUCUACAACGAAACCAAUCAAAUACCCAUGGUGGUACGGUGGUGCAGGUGGUGUCUUUGCCACCUUAAUGACCCAUCCAUUAGAUCUAGCAAAAGUCAGACUUCAAGCAGCUCCCAUGCCCAAACCGACACUACGUAAAAUGUUAACCACAAUUCUUAAAAAUGAAAACGUCAUGGGAUUAUAUUCUGGUCUUAGUGCCGCCAUAUUACGACAAUGUACUUAUACUACUGUUAGAUUUGGUGCUUAUGAUCUUAUGAAGGAAAAUAUCGUGCCCGUGAAUCAAUUAAAUAAUAUGUUAUAUCUGUUGCCUUGUUCAAUGAUUAGUGGUGCCGUUGGUGGACUUGCUGGGAAUUUCGCUGAUGUGGUCAAUAUUAGAAUGCAAAAUGAUUCCGCUUUGGAUAAUCAUCUAAGGAGAAAUUAUAAGAAUGCCAUUGAUGGUGUUUAUAAGAUUUAUAAGAAUGAAGGUGGGUUUAAGACAUUGUUGACUGGUUGGAAACCAAAUAUGGUUAGAGGUGUACUAAUGACUGCAAGUCAAGUGGUCACUUAUGAUGUGUUUAAGAAUUAUUUGACUACUAAAUUGGGGUUCGAUCCGAAGAAGAAUUCAACUCAUUUAUCAGCUUCUUUGUUAGCUGGGUUAGUUGCGACAACUAUUUGUUCUCCAGCUGAUGUUAUUAAGACUAGAAUUAUGAAUGGGCAUGGUACUUCAAAUGAGUCUGCUAUUAAGAUUUUGACUACAGCUAUACGUAAAGAAGGUCCAGGUUUCAUGUUUAGAGGUUGGUUACCAAGUUUUACAAGAUUGGGUCCUUUCACUAUGUUGAUUUUCUUUGCUAUUGAACAAUUAAAGAAACAUAGAAUUGGUAUGCCAAGGGAAGAAAUCAAUAAACCAUUAUGA